AUGCAAGAAAUCCCCACUCAUACUGGCCCUCACAUCCCGCAGAUAAAAUUCCACGUCGUCGGUGAAGUCCAAGGCGUAAACUUCCGCCGUUUCGUAAGCCGGCAAGCACGAAGCAUCGGCCUGACGGGCUGGGUGUCGAACCACUCGGACGGCAGCGUGCGGGGCGAGGCCCAGGGCAGCGAGAGACAGAUCCAAGACUUCGUGCCGCAUCUGUACAAGGGACCCGAGGCGGCGAGCGUGAAGUCGGUGAAUACGGAUGAUAUUGAUUCGAAAGGUGGGGAGGAGGGGUUUGUGGUUAAGUGA